UAAAGUUGGCAUUAAAAGCAACGAGAUUCAGUUAACACUUAACAGUCAAACUAAACUCAUCUCACUAAAUAAAAACUUUAAAUUAAUUGAAAUGGUUGAUGAAAUAAAAAAAAUUGAUAGCUCAUUAUGCAAUAAUUUAAAUUUAAAUAUAAAUAAACAAAAAAAUUGUCAUGAAAUAACUGAUUCAAUUGAUGAAGAAUUGAGCACUGACAGUGGUUGUAGUAGUAGUGAAAGUGCUGAACGUUUUUCUAAAAAUCGUAAUAAUCACCAUCAUCAUCAUCAUCAUUAUUAUCAUCAUUAUCAUCACCACCAUCAUCAUCAUCACGAUGAUAAUAAUGAUGACGAUAAAAAACUUGAUGAUUCAUCUGACAGUUCAAAUGGUGCAUCUAUCAAAAAUGAGCAGCAACAACAGCACCAACAUCACUUAAAUGUAACAAAAAAUAAACCGACAAAAACUAGAUCUCAAGAAAGAUUGUCACGUUUAAGUUUUAAUAAUAAUUUACAUCAGCGUUGUGCUGGACGUGUUGUUGCACCAAAAGCAUCAAGAUCAUGGAGUCCAUCAAAAAGUAGAAAAACCAAUGAUCCAAGAAGAACAACAACCACAACAACAACAUCAUCAGCAACAGAAGCAUCAGCAUCAACAACAACAACAACAUUAAAUACACAAAGUGAUGAAAGUUGUAGUGAUUCAUCAAAAAAACAUUUAAAAGUUGAUAUAUUAAAACGUGCAUUACACUAUCUUGGUAUCACUGCAAGUGUUGCUACUUCUUCUUCUUCUACUUCGUCUUCUAUUCAUAGUAGUAGUGGUGGUGGUAGUAAUAGUAGUAAUAGUGGUAGUAAUAAUAGUAUCAGUCAUUUUAGUAGUAAUAGUAGUAGAAGUAAUAGUAGUAACAAUAUUGGAAAAGAAAAAAAAUUAACUAAAAAAAGUCCAAAAAGAAUAUUACGUGAACCAGUAUCAUAUAUUUAUGUCAAAGGACCAUCUGGUUUACCAACUCAACGAGUCCCCAGAAAUCAAAAUAUUCAUUAA